UUUAUUUCUGUCAUGCCUUCGGGCGUACAAGGGUGGGCUUGUAAAAACAUUUUCUUCUAUAUAACAUACGUUUACUUUCUUUUCUUAUUUCCGAGCGAAAACAGUAAGCAGAAGUGUGUUAUGUUCUUUUUCUUUGCCAACAUGAUAGGAGAGUUUAAUAACUUGAACGUGAUAAUUUGAUAUGUCGGAGAAAAUUUUAGCGAAUGAAAGUAAAAGUGAUUUGUGUCUUGGGAGAUGUUGUCAUCAUUCUCACAAAACAAGUGUGGAUUUGGACUCGUAGCGUCCAAGGGAAGCUUCUUAGGGCUCAAUAAGUCGAAAGAACAGGCUCUUAUCGACGCUAAUAAUUUCACCAUGAUCGUUCAAGGCACCGCAGCAAUUUGGGGCCCGGAAGACAGUCACCAACUUCUUUAGCUGAAGAACUCUCAUCCGUCUUCAACGACCAUGUGACCUCCUACAAGCAAGUGCUACA